AUGGAGGACGACAGGGCUGAGACCGACCUGGGCAUCGCCGCCGACAUCGAGGAAGCACAAAUUCCAGAGCCCGCCGUCAGGCAGCCAAAGAAGAGAUUCGUCGGCAGGAGGACUGCGGCCGAAGCAACGGCAUCCAAGAAUGGAAACGGCUCUGGAUCUAUCGAGGACGCCGGUGCCGUUCAGGUUGCUCAACCCAGGAGGGCUCCCCGUCUCUUGAACCAGGUUCCUCCGGAGAUCCUCAAUGAUCCCGAGCUGAAGGCAGCUAUCUCUCUGCUACCGGCAAAUUAUUCUUUUGAAAUCCCCAAGACCAUUCAUCGCAUACGGAGCCUCGGUGCCAAGAAGGUAGCCCUUCAGAUGCCCGAAGGCUUGCUCAUGUUUGCCACUACCAUCUCAGACAUCCUGCAACAGUUCUGCCCUGGGAUAGAGACUCUCAUCAUGGGCGACGUCACUUACGGCGCGUGCUGCAUCGAUGAUUACACAGCACGAGCCAUGGGCUGUGACGUCUUGAUCCACUACGCCCACUCAUGUCUGAUACCCGUGGACGUCACCAAGAUCAAGACGCUGUACGUCUUUGUUGACAUCAGCAUCGACACAGCGCACCUGCUGGCGACACUAGAGAGGAACUUCACACCUGGCAAGACGAUCGCUAUGGUCGGCACCAUCCAGUUCAACGCCACGAUACACGGCGUCAAGGCGGCUCUAACAAAAGCCGGGUUCAAGGUCAUUGUUCCGCAGAUCGCACCCUUGUCAAAAGGCGAGAUAUUGGGCUGCACAAGCCCGGACCUGACCAAGUACGCCGAUGACGGGCCAGUAGACUUCAUACUCUACCUUGGUGACGGCCGCUUCCAUCUGGAGAGCAUCAUGAUCCACAACCCAAGCAUACCAGCCUACAGGUACGACCCGUACUCACGCAAGCUGACGCACGAGACGUACGGCCACGACGAGAUGAAGGAUCUGCGGCGGCAAGCCGUCGACACGGCAAAGUCGGCCAAGAAAUGGGGCCUCAUUCUUGGGUCGCUCGGUCGGCAGGGAAACCCAAACACCAUGGCACUCAUAGAGAAGAAGCUGACAGCGCUGGGAAUACCGUGGGUCAACCUGCUGCUGAGCGAGAUCUUCCCGGGCAAGCUGGCGAUGAUGAGCGACGUGGAGUGCUGGGUGCAGGUUGCAUGCCCGAGGCUGAGUAUCGACUGGGGCUAUGCGUUCCCCAGGCCGCUGUUGACUCCGUACGAAGCCCUGGUGGCACUCGGGGAGAAGGAAGACUGGGGCAAGGGCGUGUACCCAAUGGAUUACUAUGGAAAAGACGGCUUGGGGAGAACAAAACCUGCGAAGCUGGUAGAGGCUACUUAG